UCUCAUUCUCUCUAGAAGAUGGCGGACUGCGCUUCACUGUUGGAUGAGGAGCUCUCUUCCUUUGUCUUCAAUUACCUGACAGAAAACUCCGGGAGCCAGUAUGGGGAGGAGGAGGUCUGUUCAGACCGCCUGGACGCAGACUUCCCUGACCUUGACCUCUCUCAACUGGACGCCAGCGACUUCAACUGCCUUAGCGAGCUGCACUGGUGCACAGACCAGUCGGGCAGCUCCCCGGCCUCCAGCCACUACGCAGGGGACCCCGAGUUCUUUGAGAUAGAAGAGGAAAAUGCAGCUCUGUUGGCAGCACUCACAGACAGCCUGGACGGCAUCGUGGAGGACGAGGUGGGGGGUCUGUCUGUCUUUCCCUCGCUGGCUGACGGACCCGAGGACGAGGACGAUGUAGACGAGGACGACGGACGGCACCGGCUCUGCUCGCAGAAGCAGCAGCAGCAGCAGCAUGGCCCCCUAGUGGACACAGAGCUGUUGUGCAGCUCGCCCAGCUCCGAGCCUGAAGACCCGUCUCUAUUAAAAAAGCUCCUGCUCACCCCCCCAAACGUGCCUGUGGGCCUCGACUCUCACAAAGAGGCCAGUUUCCAUCGCCAUAGCAGCCGCAACCACCACCUCAAGCCUGUGAGGCCUCCCGCUAAGACUGCAGACAGCACAGGCUCUCAGGAGCGUAAGCCCCGGGCAGUGCGCCCAGCUGGCCGCCUCUGCACAGAGCUGCACCGUCACCUGACCACCGACAGGCAGGAGCCCGACACGGAGGAGGAAGAGGAGGAAGAGGCGGCCGAGGAGGAUGAUGAUGAGGACAGUGAGUCCGAGGAGGAGGACGGCGAGGAAGAGGAGGAGGAAGAAGAGGAGGAGGAGGAAGAGGAGUCCUCCGGCAGCGAGGGCGAGAGUUGCACCUCGGCGACACCCCUGGGUCCCCCGGCACCUCUGCCCAAACCCCAGUUCUCGUCGGAGCGCGAGCUGCACUCGGUGGUGGAGCUGGUAAAGUACAUGCACACCUACUGCCUCCCCACGCGCAAGCAGGCCAGCUGGGACCGCAAGGACCGCGAGGCGGCUGCCGCCCCGGCCCGCCGGGCAGCUCCCUCUGCCGGCGCCUCUGCCAGCGUCCAGCGGGGCACAGCGAACUGCCACAAGCCCGCCGCCGCGGCCGCAGGGGCUAGCACCAGUCACCAUGGCAGCAGCGGCGUGGGGGCGGUGCGUCCACGGCUGGCGUUCACGCGCCAGCGCGAGGUGCGGGCGUACUCGCUCCUCCGGGAGCUGCUGCAGGCCGUCAGCCCGCUGGACGUCAGCAAGCCCUACCGCCUCCACAGCCCCCCCUACUGCGCCGGAGGCGCAAAGACUGACGCUGCCAGCGCCGCUGUCACACGCCCACAGACCCUGACGACCGCCCCCGCCUCUCCGCAGGUGGCCCACGGCUCCCGGAAAAGCCCGGAACCGGAGGCCGAGCCGGCAGCGGAUGAGGACGGCGAGCAGGACGCCUCGUUCUCGGUGCGGCGCUCCCGCCGUCUCGCCUCGUUCCCCAGCCGCUUUGCCAAGAGGUCGCGACCCAUGCGGGUCCCGUCCAGCCCCGCCUCCACGGCCACCUCCACACCUACCGACGAGCCCCUGCAGGUCUCCAUGGACACGGCCACGGCCCACAAGGACGGCCUCCACAAGAGCCCCGAGUGCAGCGGCAGCCCUCUCUGUGACAGCGAGAACAGAUCCUGCCUCUGCCUUCCGCUUACUCCUAAAUCCACAGGAGACUCGCAGUAUGCCAACAAGCCCUUUGAGGCGACACUUAGCGUGGAGCUGUGUGGCACAGCAGGCCUGACUCCUCCGACCACCCCCCCUCACAAGCCUGUGGAGGAGGAGCUCUUCAAGCCAUCGCCGUCCCCUCCCUCCCGGGGCUUCCUGUCGCGGAGUCACGCACGGAAGCUUCCGGAGCAGACGGAGCUGUACGCGCAGCUCCAGCGCAUGGGCCAGGCGGGCGGCUCACACGGGCCCCUCCGCCCGGGGUCACUGCGUUCCUAUGGCGACCACGACUACUGCCUGCUCAACCUGUCCGAGAGCCGCAAACGCCCGGCCUCCGCUCUGCUGACUCCCACCAGUCCCCCGGCUACCGUCACCAUGACCGCCGCUGCUGCGGUCACUCCAGCCCUGCAGGCGUCCAGCGAGGUUGGGGAGAAGCAGGCGGUGAUGGUCGAUGAGGGCAGUCGACUCUGCUCCAAACUGCAGAGCCAGCCGGCGCAGCGGUACGAGGGGAAGGAGGGGGAGGGCCGACGGGCGGCCGACUGUUCGUCCCCGCCCCAGGCGCUCUCGGCGAGGAACGUGGACGAGGACGUCGGGCCGCCACGCUCGCCGUCUCCCGGCAACGUGCAUCCGGCCGCUCCCUGCUGCGAGCCCCACUCUCCCAGCAGCAAAGUCAGCUACAGCUGCGAAAACUCUGAGACCUGCCACGGCGACAAACAGCGAAAUAAAGCAAAGCCCGGACAGCAGAACGAUGAUAACUGCCGGGUGUUCUACAUUCACAACCUGCCCAGCAGUGUGACCCAGAGCAUGCUGCGCAAGCGCUUCGAGGCCUUCGGUGACCACGAGGAUUGCAGAGUGGUCAUCAAAAACGAGCCAGUCAGUAGAGAGCGCUGUGGGGUGAUCACCUUCAGGAAGGGACAGAGUGGCGGUUCUCAACGGUACCGGUCAGGGUACCAGAACGUGGGCAACGGAUCACGUCGGCUCAGCCGGAAACGCUACAUAGACCUGGAUGAGGCUGGCCCUGGCCCCGUGAAGAGCAAGUACGACUCGAUGGACUUUGACACCCUCCUGAAGGAGGCCCAGAAGAGUCUGCAUCGCUGACGGGCCGCGCCACGCCGCGCCUUUACUCGCCUCGUCCACUCGGAUCACUAACGGCCCAGUUUUCCUGCUCCUCUCUCCAGCUCCUGCAGUCUGACUGACUGACCGCCUCAACUUGGUCCCGGUCCUGUUGUGGACACGCCUCAGUACCUCAAAGCAAGGCCCUUCUUAAUGUUUACAUUUUCAACAUCGGAAAAUAAGAAGCAGACCUUGGCUCACUUCUACUGAGGGACACCUCUGAGAUUCACGAGGAGCAGGAGACAGGAGGAUUUUAAAAAAGAGAGAGAGAACAAACAAACAAAACGAACAAACUUACUCAAAGAAACAAACAAACAAACAAACAAAUGAGAAGUGAAACAACAAGAAACACUGAACACAAAUGCUGCUUCCUGUGUGUGUUUUCCAAGACGUCAUCGUUGCCACCUUAUUGCUAAAGGCCGAGGUCUCUGUAGCACCCCUGUGUUCCUUGCGUUUGGUCAUUGUGCCGUGUGUGUGUGUGUGUGCGCGCGCGCGUGUGUGUAUGUGCGAGCGCGUGCUUUUUGUAUCCUUUUCCCCCUUGUAUUCGUGAGCUAUUGGCUGAGUCGCGGGGUAUAUUCCUGUGAUAGUUUGUCAUAACGUAGCUAUAGAAAUAUUAGCAACCUGUUGAUGUUCAACUGUGUGUGUGUGUGUGUGUGUGUUGACAAGCUUUUUUAAAUUAAGAAAAAAAAAAAGAAAUUGAACCUAAAUCCUGAUGUAGAGUUUACAAAUCACAGAAGAGAGACAAAAAAGUUCUUACUGUUAAAAAAUAAGAAUGAACUAAGAAUAACCUGUAUGUGCUUCCUUGAUUUUCCUUCUAUGCACUCGUGGGUUUGUGCUACUCCUGAGUCCAUCUACCCUCAGUACCACGGCAGCUCAGGGCAGGGCUGCUGGCCACAGGCGGGGUUGUCUCUCUCCCACUUUCACACACACAUGCACGCACGCACGCACGCACGCACGCACAGACAUGCACACACGCACUACCAACUACUAUCAAACUUCUUUCUGAAACAAGUCCACAUCACUCUCAUAAUAGCUACAGUAGAUGUCUACUGUUUUUUUGUUGCCAAGGCUAUUUUUUAUUUUCCCUUAUCAAGAUCACAGUGUACUCCUUGGGGAAAAACUCAUUAAGACAGAAAUUAAUACCCCAUUUAGCAGACUAGUUUAUCAGUGGGUCAUUGUAGCUUCAGCCAUAAAUGGACACACGGUUUGUUUUGGUGUUGUAAUGUAAUGGCAACACUCUGACGAUAUUUCCCAGGAGCCCAGUUUCUCACUGGCUUUCAUCACGGGGCAGCCGUGGCCUACUGGUUAGCGCUUCGGACUUGUAACCGGAGGGUUGCCGGUUCGGACCCCCGACCAGUAGGCACCUAAACCCUCACUGCUCCCCG